AUCAUGGGAUUAGACAUUCGACUACAUUUCCCGGCUUCAUACUUGAUUGAAAGCCUCCAGGUUUCCGUUGUGAAGAGAACUGGAUAACGAAGACGGAGCAGCCAUCGGAAUCUCGCGAUCUCUCGCGAUCUGUACACCGCCUUCCUAUCCCAGACUGCAGAAUUUACAGCGAUUUCCCCGCUGUCGCAGGAAUGCAUUCUCGUUGCUAUUCAAUUAGACCCGUAUAGACUUCUGUCCGUGCCUUGUUUCUUAUCUAUAGACUUUCCGGAUUCUACAAAUCGGUCAAAAUGCCCAGGGAUCCGUUGGUCGGGUUGGUUGGAAAGCCAUCUAGUGGGAAAUCGACCACGCUGAACAGUUUGACCGAUGCUUCUUCUAAAGUUGGAAACUUCCCUUUCACUACUAUCGAUCCUCAGCGCGCCAUUGGUUACCUUCAAAUAGAAUGCGCCUGUCAGCGAUUCAACGUCUCGGAUAAAUGCAAGCCGAACUACGGAGGUUGUUUCGAGGGACGACGCUCGGUCCCCAUUGAACUUCUCGACGUGGCUGGUCUUGUUCCCGGUGCGCAUCAAGGUCGAGGAUUGGGUAAUAAGUUCUUGGACGACUUGCGUCAUGCGGACGCCUUGAUCCAUGUGGUGGAUGUCAGCGGAACAACAGACGCAGAAGGAAAGGCGACGCGAGGAUAUGAUCCUUCGCAAGACAUUGAAUGGCUGCACUCCGAGAUUGUGCGGUGGGUUCUCGGGAACCUGAUGCAGAAGUGGGGAUCGAUUAAGAGAAGACACAUGGCAAUUAAGUCGACGGCCGUGGAUACCUUGCAGAACCAAUUCUCCGGUUAUGGGAGUACAACGUCGAUUGUCGGAAGGUGCUUGGACCGAAUAGGGUUGAAAGAGCCCCUCGAGGACUGGUCGGAUGAAACGAUCCAGAAAGUCGUGGAGGCAUUUAUCGACGAGAAGUUUCCCACGGUGUUCGCUUUGAAUAAAAUCGACCACCCCGACGCAGAUAAGAACGUGGCCAAAAUCGCCAAAAUGCAAGACCCGAAAUCCAUCGUGCUUUGUUCCGCUAUUUCGGAGGUUUUCCUUCGAAGGCUUGCGAAGCAAAAUUACAUCAAGUAUGUGGAAGGAAGCGAAUUCCUAGAUACGAGAGAAGAUCUCAUAGAUAUGGGCGAUGCCGAUGGCGGUGGAUUGAAGGAGAUGGAUGAAAAGUUGAAGAACCGCGUCGAAAACAUGAAGGACAUGGUCCUUUAUCGCUUUGGAUCCACCGGAGUGGUACAGUGUCUCUCCCGAGCUGCGGAGCUCCUGGGGCUUGUGCCUGUUUUCCCAGUCCGAAACAUCUCUACUUUCUCGUCCGGCGCCGGAAGCGCUGCAUUCCGAGAUUGCGUCCUUGUCAAGAAAAACAGCACCGUGGGCUACGUUGCCCACAAGGUCAUGGGCGACGUACCGAUUUCCUACAUCGAAGGAGUCGGCGGUGUGCGUGUCUCGGAAGAUGACAUUGUUGAAGUCGGGAAACACGAUGUGCUCAGCUUCAAGCCUGGCCGUUAAAAUAUUGUGGCACAAUUCUGUACAGCUAAUGUCUGGUAAUGAAUGAUGCAAAAAAAAUCC